AACAUCUACAUUCCUUGCCUAAAAGAACAAGAGUUCCUGCUCAAGAAAAGGUAAGGUGGCCAAGUAGCCAUGGAUUGGUACUCAUGGCUAUCGGAAACAAACCUCGAGCCAAGUCUCGUACACGACUACGCUCUGGCCUUUGUUCGUAACGAGCUCCAACAAGAGGAUUUGGCCUACUUCAACCACGAGUUCCUUCAAAGCAUCGGCAUCUCCAUUGCCAAGCAUAGACUAGAGAUAUUGAAGCUCGCGAGGAAGGAAGAAAAGGGAAGGAUGACCUACGGCUUGUCAAGGCUAGUUAUGGCAAUGUACAAGACGAAAAAGCUCAUCGCCAAGAACGUCAUGGCCAAGUGGGGUUUUUCUAAGAAUUCCGAGCUUUCGCCCUACCGGAACCAAUGGAACGGGGCGCUCAAGCGGCUCAAUGAUGUAAAGCAAGUUCAUCAAAAUAUUGAAAAGGCUUGUAGUCCUUGUAGGAACAUGAUGUGGUCAGGGCCUCUAGACAAGAGGGUGCAAGACAAGUUCAUGGUGGCAAAUAGAAGUGUAAGUGUAUCUGGACCUCUAGAUGGGAAGAUGUCGGAGCGGGUCGUGUACCCGAAUCGAAGCCCAUUGGUCACAAGGCCCGUCAUCGAUGGCCGGACGAAAGAGAGAUUGGGCUACAUCUGUAGAAGCCCAACUAUUUCUGGGCCUAUAGAUAGGUUGGGCCUCAGCCCAAAAAUGAGUUACUAUAGCACUGAAAAGCUUGGUGAGUAUGAGGGGGUUCAAUCACUGUGGUCUGUGAUGUUUCAAGACAUGAAACCAACUUAAUUAAAAAACCCAUUUCUUUUUUCAUUUUGGUUUUACAUUUCUGCGAUCAAUUCAUGUGUUAUGCACAUUCUAUGAUGUAAUUUUGUAACCCUCUCCAAAGUGAUAGGAGCUGCAGAAAGAAGGUUACUAGUAAAGUUGUUAGGAGGGAGAAAAUGUAAUUUCGGUCAUGUAAUUAUACUUAUGGUCAUAUUUGAUUUUGAGUUUGUAA